GCAGAGAGUUUGUGAAGCUCAGAACGUGGCAGACCCAAAAACAGAGCGAAGGACUGCAGUAGAGAUAAAGCAGAGUAAUCCAGGCCUGUCAGAGGAGCACAGGGGACCAGGAAAGGCGUGUUUAUCUGUCAGACAGAAACAGGAAGCAACGAGGAGCAGUGCCACAGUUCAAGGCGAUAGAGGCGGUUUCAUUUUCUUAUAGCAUUUAAACUCGGCACACACCUGCACAAAGACAGGAAGACAGCUUGUCAUGGACUUUGUAGAUCCCAUCCUGUCCAUCGCCUCACAGAUCUAUGACCUGGUUGAGAAUGUGAAGGCCAAUAAAAAGCGCUGCCGACGUGUUUGUAACCGAGUCAAAGCCUUGGAGAAGCUGGUGAAGUCCAUCAAACGGACGCCUCCAGGGGUAGAGAAACCUCUGAGAGAACUGUCCGUCACUCUUCAAUCAGCACAGGAACUUAUCAGAAAAUAUGCCUCAGCCAAUUUGGUGGAGCGCAUCCUAAACUCCAGCAACCAUGGAGACGAGUUCAACAGUGUGAACGAACGGCUCAACGAUGCCUUCCAGGUGCUGUCUGGAGCUUUGCAGGUGGAGCAGGGGAACAUGCUGUAUGAGGUAUUUAAACAGACGACCAGAGAGAAAGAAGAUCAGUUGGAUGGGAGGGAGGACGACGCAGAACUGAAGACACUGCUCCUGGACUACAUGAAGGAUCAGCAAGAGAAAACCAACACCAUGCUGAAACAGUUUGAGCAUCUUAAAGUCAACGUGGAAAAAGUCGUGGAGAUGUUGAAUAAGCCCAGCAUCACUAGUGUGGACAUCCGAAUGAUUAAACCACAGGAGCUAAAGUACAAACAUCCCAAAAAGCCCUUCAUGGAAACAGCAACCUCAGAGGUCUACAAAGGAGAAUAUCGUGGAUUCACAGUUGCCAUCAAGAGAUAUAUCGACCCUGUGAACACCAACCUAGGAAAGGUGCAGUCCAUUUUCAACAAAGAAGUCGACACCAUGAAGAGAUUUGAGUCGCCCAACAUCCUGCGAAUGUUUGGUAUCAGUAUCCUGGGUGAGAAUGGACCCAACCCUCAGUUCUUCAUCAUCAUGGAGUACUGCGAGAAAGGAAGUCUUCGUCAGGUUCUGGACUCUGACUGCAGGCUGUCCUGGAUCAGGAAAGCUCGUAUGUGUUUCGAUGCAGCACAAGGACUCUAUCGACUACACAAUACAGAAGAAAAAUCUAAGGUGCACGGGUGCAUCAACAGCAGCAAGUUCUUGGUGGCUGAAGGCUACACCGUCAAGCUCGGAGGUUUUGAGCUGGCAAAAACAGAGACGUCUCUGAAAAAGGUGAAGAAAUCUACCAAUGACGACGCAAUCAGGUCCCUGUGCUACUACUCUCCCGAGAGGCUCAACAACAUCAACCAUCCUUACAGCAAAGAGUGUGAGAUGUACAGCUUUGGAAUCGUCCUGUGGGAAGUCGCAACCCGUAAGAAACCCUUUGAAGGUUUUUCAGAUGAAGAAAUUUAUAGGAAGGUGUUAGAAGAGAAGUGCAAAGAGCCGCUUCCCGAUGACUGUCCUGCAGAACUGGGCCAGCUAAUAAACGAGUGCCGAGACUUCGAUAGCUUCCAGAGGCCUUCAGCUGGAGUACUGGUGGAUAGACUGCGCAGUGUGGUGGCACAGUUAGAGGACCAAUGAAACUCUUCAUCUGCCUUUCUGCUGGCCAGGCUCAUCCUCAGGGGAGGAAAUGCAGCUUUGAAUAAAACUGGACUUUAACUUGUGGGCCACUAAAUUGUAUUUAUAUUCUACCUUUAGGGUACCUGGGUCGUUGACACAGUGAUUUCAGUUUUGUACCUUUUUAUUAGUGUUCUCAUCUUAGUUUAUUUUUGUGGAGAUUUUGGUUUUUGUUUUGCAUUUCUAUUUUUUCCCCAGUUCUUCUUGGUGUGUGUUUAUGUGGUUCUCAAGUUUUGGCUUCCUUAUUCCCUCUAUUCUGUGUCCAGUCAGGCUCUGUGUCUGCCCUGAUCCCACGUCUCUGUUCCCUCUGUUGCAGUGCCUGCUU